ACUCUCAAACAGCACUCAUCCUCUCUCUCCGUCCUCCACACACACACAUGUGCAGACACAAACACACCAUGUAGAAUCUCGGCCAGAGGGGGACACCAACCUGCACAGGACCGCGAGCCAGGUCGAGAGAAGAGAAAGGGUCCCAUGAUCUCUGCCGGCGAUGCCGAGUUCCCGCGGGAUUAUCACACCCUGGCGGCCGGCGGUGGCCGCGGGGCCCGACGGUUCCCCGACAACACCAACGGGGGGUUCACGUCGUCCUCGCUGGACCGCCGGCACAACGCCGUGGCCGCCAAGAGCCUGGAGGCCCUGAACAGCAUCCACAAGGCGGACAUCGAGCGCCAGCGAGACGCCCUGAUGGACCUCCAGAAGAACAAGUUCUCCAACAGCCCCGGCAGCCUGUCGCAGGGCGCCGCUCCGGCAGGACGACAGCAACAACCAAACUACUGGAGCUUCAAGACUCGAACUCCGCGUGUGACUCGACUCAGCCCGACACAGCCGGCGCUCGCUGACCAGACCAGCAGGGUUUCCUUCGCGUCAGCUGAAAAUCUGGAGACCAUGUCGGAGCCCGACAUCCCCAUCGGCUUUAACCGGAUGAACCGGCUCCGCCAGAGCCUGCCGCUGGCCCGCUCGUCCAGCCAGGCCAAGCUGCGGGCGCCAGGGAUCUUGUUCCUCCAGCUCGGGGAGGAGACUCGCCGGGUGCACCUGACCCACGAGCUGACCAGCCUGGACACUCUGCGGGCGCUCAUCGUGCACAUGUUCCCCCAGAGGCUCACCAUGGCCAUGCUCAGGUCUCCCAGCACGGCUCUGCUGAUCAAAGAUGAGACCCGAAACGUCUUCUACGAGCUGGAGGACCCGCGGGACGUUCAGGACCGCUGCGUAAUCAAGAUUUACUGCAAAGAGCCGAUCUACGGCACGUACCCCGGACACCAACACCCACACCUGGCCAACGGAGACCUGCGGAGGGAGAUGGUGUACGCACCUCAGGACUCUCCACCCAACCGCCGCCUCAGCAACCCGCCCAUGUCUUCCCAGCAUUCAUCUUCCUCUGCCUCCCCUCAGGGCUCGCCGUCUCGCGCCCGCCUCCUCUACAGCGGCGGCCGGCCCUCCUCGUACGCCGGGCCUCCGCACCACACCCACUCCCUGCCGCACCCGCACUCCCAGUCCCACCACUCCUCUCCCCACCAGCAACCACAGCUGCACCAGCCCCAUCACACCCAGCAGGCCUUCUGCACCUCCUCCAGUGCCAUCCUGGAGCGCCGGGACGUGAAGCCAGACGAUGAAGUGGGCGGAUCCAGGAGCAUGGUGCUGCUGCGGGGAGACGAACGAGGAGGAGGAGGGAUCUACGCCGACCCCUACUCCCUGGGCCCGGACACGAGUCGGCUGAGUCUUGCAGGAGGUCCUCACUCCCCUCUGCCAGCCAGAGCAGACCCGUAUGGCUCCUUAUACCGCCGUGGAGGAGGCGGUGGCGGCGGCGGAGGAGGAGGAGGAGGAGGUGCUGGAUCAAUGCGUUCUCUCACCUCCUAUUCAGCAGCCGCUUUGCAGGGAGAGCUGAUGGAGAGCGGCGCUCUCUACAGACCAGGAGGACCGCUCUAUAACGACGCCUACGCUGCGUCCAUGCUGGCGAUGGGGCUGCGGGUGCCUCCUCCGUCUUCCCCACAGAAGAUCCCCGACAUGAGGGAGUCCUUCGGGGGCACCAUGCCCGGCAGGGGCUCCCCUGGGAGGCAGAGUUUACGGAGGGACUCUGUGACCUCCUCAGUGUUCGGGGACAGUCCCAAAGCUCGGGGUCAGGGGUCGGGGCUGGGUCUCACCUCGGAGCAGCUCUGCCUGAUGGCGGGUCCUGGAGGAGAGGGGGGUGCCGGAGGCUUCGGCUCACCUCUGCUGGGAAACGAAACGGAGACCAGGGAGAGGAUGGAGGCCAUGGAGAAGCAGAUAGCGAGCCUGACCGGGCUGCUGCAGAGAGUACUGAGCAGAGCGCCCGAGGCAGAGAGCCCGGAGAAGAUUGAGUCAGCCAGUGACUGCUCAGGAACUGACACUCUGACACCAUCUGCUCCCUUGGCUCUGAUGCCACCUCCGCCCUCGGGGGCCAACCAGCCGGUGACGGUGUCCCGUCUGCAGAUGCAGCUCCACUUACAGGGCCUGCAGCAGAACACCAACGCGCUGCGCAAACAACUGUCGCAGCUGCGCAACAUUCAGCUGGAGAACCAGGACUCGGUGUUGGCCCUGCUGAGGCAGACGGAGUCGGAGCUGAGCCUCAUGAUGCUGGACGCCAUGCGCACGCAGGAGGACCCGCUGCAGAGACAGCGCCUCCUGGUGGAGGAGGAGAGACUCAAGUACCUGAACCAGGAGGAGCUGCUCAUCCAGCAGCUGCAUGACCUGGAGAAGUCGGUGGAGGAGCUGCAGAGGAACUCGUCGGUGAAUCACGGCCUGGUGACGGAGCAGGACGUGGAGCAGAAGAGCAAAGAGCUGAGGAUGCUGGGAGAGACGCUCACUGAGCUCAAGAACCAGUUCCCCAGCCUGCAGAGCAAGAUGCGGGUGGUGCUGAGGGUGGAGGUGGAGGCGGUUAAGUUCCUGAAAGAGGAGCCUCACCGGCUGGACGCCCUGCUGAAGCGCUGCAACACCAUGACGGAUGCGCUCAGCACGCUCCGCAGUUUCUUGUUUUCAUCCUAUUUGUACAGACAGGUGACAGAAGGCAUGUGGAAAGGCCCUGAAGACCUCUCCAGCCAAUCACAGAAGAGAUCGGAGGACAUAAGUCGCAGCUCCGACCUGGACAUCCUGAACAGUCCUCCGCUCAGCCUCACUGACCUGAGCACCGGCUCCGGCCUGGCCAACUGGAUGCCCGUUUCCGGCGGCGACGCAGACACCUCUGGCCCCGAGCAGGACAUCCAGCCCUCCAUGACCUUCAGAAACCGGGUCCUCGACGAGCUGCCGAGUCGACGCCCUGCCGACAAAUCCGUGUCGGCCGAAGUCAGACUGGCGGCAGAGCGGGACUGGGAGGAGAAGCGAGCCAGCUUGACCCAGUUCAGCGCCCAGGACAUCAACCGCCUGCUGGAGGAGACCCAGGCCGAGCUGAUGAAGGCCAUCCCGGACCUCGACUUCGCCGCCAGGCACAUCAACAAGCCAGUGCCCCCCAAGCCCCAGAUCACCAUCCCGAUAACCUCCAUCACAGCCACGUCUCCUGCGGCUGGGACCACUGGGACCACAGCCAAUACCACAUCAACCACCACACCCAGCGGGGACCAGCAGCCUGGCAAAGUGCAGCUGGCUGCCCAGAAGCUGAACAGCAUGGAGGGGGCCGGUUCACAUCGAGGGUCGGUGGAUCUGAACGUGGCCAGGUAUCGCACAGAGAAACCCUCCAAGUCUCCGCCUCCACCGCCGCCUCGCCGAAGCUUCCCGUCAGCGCACGGCCUUACCACCAACCGCACCGGAGAGGUCAUCGUCACCAACAAGAAUAUGAAGAUGGAAGAAGAUUGCGAGAUUCCUAAAACUCUGGUGAAGCUGAGGCGGACCCCCUGUGACACGCCUCGACCCGCCUCGACCCCGCCUGUGAUCGCAGCGUCCGCCAUUCAGGACGACGAAAACGAGGAAGAGAAGAUAAUCGCUGAGCUGGAGAUAUUUCAGAGAACGGCUGUAAAAGAUUGUAAUAAACGCUACGGCACGCAACCAAAGGCCGCCCCCACCCCUCCCUGCACCUCUGAGCCACUGAGCAGAAAGAACAGCACCAACUCUCCGGGGCCGACGAAGGGCCCCACGGUUGCGGCCCGGCUCAAACACCUCCAACAAGGCAGCCUGGAGAGGCCCAAAACCCGCAAGCAGAAAGAGGAUUUCCCCAAAGUCCAGGGCCAGCAGCAGGUAUUCCACUUCUAAAACAAAAACGCUCCACCUCUGAUGUCCGUCUGCCUCUCCUCUCUGCUGUGGCUUCAGAGGGACGUCUGACCCCACCAGCAGACAAAGAGACAUCACACAAACACCAGAACUCUCCACAGAAACAUUGAUUUUUACCAGUUCUUGAUGUGUGUUUUGACAUUUUGAGUUACUGGAAAUUAACCCCUAGCUUGCUUAGAGAUCGAGUUUUUUGUCGUACGAGUUUGUCGAUGUUUUGAUUUCCUGAGGGAAGGUUUCUUGGUGGUGCUCGUGACUGAUUCAAAACUAGCUUUACUGUAACAGUCAGAUACAUCCUCUUCCUCCAUGAUCCUGGAGGAAGAUCCAUGCCACGGAGUUAUUUCAUAUCAAAAAGUGAUGAUGUUUCACCAUGAUCCAGCUCACUCACCCCUCUCUCUGAUCAUCCACUAAAGACCACAUGCUGCUCUCUUUAAAUCACCCAUCAGAUCUGGUUAGCGGGCAGGAAAGCGCUGCAGCGGGCAAAGUGUUUUUAGCACGUUGGUGUUUAACAGCCAAGAGGCCAAUCCAUUAAGCUAGCUUACUCAGAAUUGCCUUUUUAACAGCUCCAAAGCUACGACUUAUUAUGCAAGAGUGAAGCACAAGAUGCAAGGUUAUACCUGAGAGAGCUGUUUUUUAAUGUGGAGGCGCUUUUCACUUUAAUGUUGCAAUAAACAGAUUUACGGAAGACAAGAAGUAGAGAAAUAUAAAACAGAGCGAGGCAGUAAAGGAAGACAGAUAUGGAAGCAAAAACAGAAUUUAAAGGUCCCAUAUUGAGUUAAUUUUCAUGUCCAUACAUGUAUUUUGGGUUCAUGCUUAAAUGUUCAAAAAACACUUUAUUUUCCCCAAACUGCCUGCCUGGAUAUCCCCGUAUUCAUCCUCCGAAACGUUACGUUUUAGCGCCUGUCUCUUUAAGACCG